UGUCAGUGAACAGAGAGGGCUCUCUGUCUGGGGCGAGCGCUCUAGUGAGCGUGGACGGAUGCUUAGGCAGUAGUCCUGGCAGCGGCAGCAGCGGCAGGCAGUGGUGGUGGCAGAAGAGGGGAAGGGAGACGGCCCCGAGACCUACACACACUUUCAAGUUCCCUUGGAGGGAGAGGAGUUGGGGCUGCAGAAAGAGGAGGCCAGGAGCGGUCCCAUCUAUCCCAUUCCAUCUCCCCCUUCUUCCUCUUGCUCCCUGGCUGUGCAAGAGUUCAGGAUUUGGGUAGCCAUACGUGGCAGCGAGGGCAAAGGGGACGGGAGAGUGGGGACCAGAACCAAAGGUGUAGUGGAAGAUGCCCAUCCUGCUGUUCCUCAUAGAUACGUCCGCCUCCAUGAACCAGCGCACUGACCUGGGCACCUCCUAUUUGGACAUUGCCAAAGGCGCUGUGGAGUUAUUCUUGAAGCUGCGAGCCCGAGAUCCGGCCAGCCGCGGAGACAGGUACAUGCUGGUCACCUACGAUGAACCUCCGUACUGCAUCAAGGCUGGUUGGAAGGAAAAUCACGCCACAUUCAUGAGCGAACUGAAAAAUCUUCAGGCUUCUGGACUGACUACUCUUGGUCAGGCUCUAAGAUCCUCAUUUGAUUUGUUAAAUCUCAAUAGAUUAAUAUCUGGAAUAGACAAUUAUGGACAGGGGAGAAAUCCGUUUUUUUUAGAGCCGUCUAUUUUAAUUACCAUCACAGAUGGAAACAAGUUAACAAGUACUGCUAGCGUUCAAGAAGAGCUUCAUCUUCCUUUGAACUCUCCACUGCCGGGAAGUGAACUAACCAAAGAACCUUUUCGUUGGGAUCAAAGGUUAUUUGCCCUGGUGUUGCGUUUGCCUGGAGUGGCUUCUACCGAACCAGAGCAACUAGGGAGUGUACCAACUGAUGAAUCAGCCAUCACACAGAUGUGUGAAGUCACAGGAGGUCGCUCCUACUGUGUAAGAACACAAAGAAUGCUGAAUCAGUGUUUAGAAUCACUAGUUCAAAAAGUGCAGAGUGGUGUAGUUAUUAAUUUUGAAAAAACAGGACCAGAUCCACUUCCUGUUGGAGAAGAUGGACUGAUGGAUUUGUGUAGGCCAAGCAACUUAUUUGCUGCUCAACCCUGGCAUAGUUGUCAUAAACUCAUCUACGUACGACCUAAUUCUAAAACUGGUGUUCCUGUUGGACACUGGCCAAUUCCAGAAUCUUUCUGGCCAGAACAGAAUUUACCUUCUCUACCUCCACGAACAUCUCAUCCUGUUGUGAGGUUUUCCUGUAUCGAUUGUGAACCAAUGGUUAUAGAUAAACUGCCCUUCGACAAAUAUGAACUUGAACCCUCUCCCUUAACUCAGUACAUCUUGGAAAGAAAAUCUCCUCAUACUUGCUGGCAGGUGUUUGUCACCAGCAGUGGAAAAUACAAUGAGCUUGGAUAUCCAUUUGGUUAUUUAAAAGCUAGUACGACUUUAACUUGUGUAAACCUCUUUGUGAUGCCUUACAACUACCCAGUUUUACUUCCUCUUUUAGAUGACUUGUUUAAAGUUCACAAGCUUAAGCCAAAUCUGAAGUGGCGACAGGCUUUUGACAGCUACUUAAAAACUCUGCCUCCAUACUACUUAAUACCAUUAAAGAAAGCACUAAGGAUGAUGGGAGCUCCAAAUCUGAUAUCAGAUAAUUUAGAUUGUGGACUUAGUUACAGUGUUAUCUCUUACCUUAAAAAACUCAGCCAACAGACCAAACUAGAGUCAGAGCGAAUACUAGCAUCAGUGGGGAAGAAGCCCCCCCAGGAGAUUGGUAUCAAAGUGAAAAACCAUUCUGGAGGUGGCUUGCCCUUGGCUCACAAUAAAAACUUUAGAAAGCUGUUGAAAGAAAUCAUAGGGGAAAGUGCACCAAGACUGACAGAAUUGAAUACCAAAGAAUUUGCUGGCUUCCAAAUAGGGCUCUUCAACAAGGAUUUGAAACCUCAGACAUACAGAAAUGCUUAUGAUAUUCCACGUAGAGGACUUUUAGACCAGUUGACCAGAAUGAGAUCCAAUCUACUGAAAACACGGAAGUUUAUUGUUGGACAAGAUGAAGAUUCACUUCAUAGUGUUCCAGUUGCACAAAUGGGCAACUAUCAGGAAUAUCUAAAGAUGCUGGCUUCUCCACUACGAGAGAUUGAUCCAGAUCAACCAAAAAGACUGCAUACUUUCGGCAAUCCAUUUAAACAAGAUAAGAAGGGAAUGAUGAUUGAUGAAGCAGAUGAGUUUGUAGUAGGGCCACAAAACAAAGUGAAACGUCCUGGAGAACCCUGCAGUCCUAUGUCAUCUAAGAGAAGGCGGAGUAUGUCCCUGCUGUUGAGGAAACCACAAACACCACCUACUAUAACUAACCAUGUGGGCGGAAAGGGACCACUCUCAGCCUCGUGGUUCCCAUCUUGUCCAAACCUCAUAAAACCCACCCUUGUACAUCCAGAUGCCACUGCCAUUCAUGACAUCCAUGAAGACAAGAUGGAAAACGGGCAAAGCCCAGCUGAUGGCUUCUUAUUAAAAUCUGCUCCAGCAGAGUUUAUGAAUGUGGCAGGAGACGGCCUUAUGUCCAACCAGUUGGAUUCUCUAUCUGAUGAUUUUACUGGCCUCAGGAAAGAUGGACUCAUUCACAAACCUACUAAUAAUAUACUUCUAGGAGGAGCCAAAACCUGCACUCUUUCUGUAGAUGAUAGAAAAAUCCCAAUGGCAUCUGCUUUGGAAACUGUGCCAAAUUCAAUGCAAAUCACUCCUGCGAUGGCACAAGGCAUCAAUGCUGACAUAAAGCAUCAGUUGAUGAAGGAAGUCCGAAAGUUUGGACGAAAGUAUGAAAGGAUUUUCAUUUUGCUUGAAGAAGUGCAAGGACCUCUGGAGAUGAAGAAACAGUUUGUUGAGUUUACUAUCAAGGAAGCUGCAAGGUUUAAAAGAAGAGUUUUAAUUCAGUACCUUGAGAAGGUACUAGAAAAAAUAGAUUCCCAUUACCUUCUUAACAAUGUGAAUCACAUCAACAGCAGAUCAUCAUGUUAAUAUCAAGACAAGUGAGGAAAAAGAACACUGUAGGAUGUUGGAUGUCACUCUGUAGACCAGACUGGCCUUGAACUCAGAGAUUUGCCUGCCUCUGCCUCUGCCUCCCAAGUGCUGUAGGAUGGAAUGGGACCUUAAUAAAGCCCACUAGAAUGUUUGAGUGAAGGAAAUGACCUAACUCAGGCUAAGAAAAGUGUUUGACUAGAUAUUUUAAUGAUUAUCUGGAAGUAAAUCUGGGCUUUUGCCUUAAGAUUUAUAAUUGAAAGUAUUUUUUUAAUUUCCUUCUUUAUUUUUCCAACUAGGAAAAGUGAUGUUAAAUCACAAAGCACUGCUGCUCCUACUACAGCUAACAGAGUUCACUCAUUUGAGCGUUACCAUUCCAGACAUUUUCAGAGAGGGCAGGGGCCACCUGCUUAGUAUCCACUGCUUAGUAUCCUUAUUGUGUCCCAUAAAACAAGUGAGCAUAUAGAAUCCAAGUGGUAAUCACCACUCACCAAUUUCUAGCUGUGCCUUUUAAACCAUGCAAUAUUCAGGAUAGUUGGAAUCAAAGAGUAAAAAGCUGCUAUUUAGGUAACUUAUUUCUCUCUGGGAAGGGGCAGGGAGAGUAACCAACCAAACUACCUCCAGUGCUCUUCCAUUUUUUCUAGAAACAUUACAAAGUGCACCUGAGGCUGCACUAACCUCUGACAUUUGUUCUUGCAUGUGACAACAGAAAGUCUUCAGGUAGACUUGUACAUUUUGUGCUUUGGAAGCACUAAAAGGAAAAAUAAUAUGUAUAUUUUCUUUGAUGUUUAUAUAAAAGUUUAUAUGGAGCAGUAUUGUUGUUUUUAUUUGUAAAAAAUGUAAGUGAUCAAAGAGAUUUUCACUUUGCAUAUAUGAAAUAAAAUCAUUUUAUUGAUUUUCAAAAGUUUAUUGCUAAUACAUUUCUAGUUGUAUGUCUCUUGUCCUAGCAUUCCUUUCAGAAAAAAUGUUAGACACUAUUGUAGUUGGAAUUUUCUUUGGGCCAACAACCAGCUCCCAAAUAAAGGCACAGAGACUUCUUAAUUAUGAAUGCUAUACUGAUAGAUCAGUGCAUCUCUCACUUCUCAUCAGAGAAGCUAAUUGCUGUAGAUAGUACUUCGCACACAGAUACGCAACUGGUCAACCUGCAUGUCAUUAGGAGUAAUUUUCAUACUAUGCCCUUUUAGGAGAAUAACAGUAUUAGCUUCUUCUCUAGAACACUGACGUAUCUAGUCACAGUGACAGGUAUGGGUUACUUCUCUUAGAGCGGCCUUAGAUCCAAUCAGAAAGUGAUUGACUACUCCCAUAACAUGCCAUUAUUGCACCAAUGGGCACAUCUUAUCAGACCUGUUGUAGUUUGCAGGGUUCGCAUCUAAGUGAGAUUGAGAAUGACUUUUUUCCUCUAGCAAUGUGCAUAGCAUCUUCUAGCACCAUGAAUGCUAACCAAUAGGGAUGAAGCUUCCAAAUAAGUACUAGCUUGAUUUUUCCAUGUUCUAUGACUUACUUUAACAAUAGAAUCUUAUUAUCAAAUUCUAGAGAGAGCUAAGAGUAUUGACAAUACUCUAUAAUACAUGGAUGUCUAUGUAACCCCAUUGAGCAACAACUCAAAAAAAGGUAGCUGUUGUUUAUCAGUUUCCUUCCAGAUUGAAAAAUUCCAUCACUCAGGAAAACCCUUAAGAGAAGGCAAACAAAUAAAAAUAGCUCAGGAAGUCCCUGAAACUGAUCAGAUUUAUUAGGCUCCUCCUUGCCAGAGUAAACAAGACUUUUCAGAGUCUCUCUCAGACAAGACAAACUGCUAAGAAGACCCUGAGACCAGAUCAACUGCCUGGAAGAAGCAGAAACCAGUGAAGCUGCCUGGAAGAGGUUUAGACCAACUGAGGCACUUGGAAAGGACACUCUCCAACUUGUUGAGAUGCUGCAGACUGUGCAGUGUGCUCCAGGUUCCCAGCUUUGUGAGCUGUCACUGUGCUCCAGUGGACUUUGGUGAUGCGGCUGUCUUUGAGUCAGUUCCUGUAAGUGACCCCUCACUCAGAUUCCCGUAAGUAACCCCAAUAAAACUCAUUGGCCCAUCUAGUUGGACUUUGGUGGUAUCCCUACUUUGGUCUGUCUUUGGCUCCCUGUCUGGGCUGAGUAGACAUGUGUUUAGUGUCUCCCCAGGAAAAGUCUUGUCACACAGCAACAACCCAUUUCUGGAACUGGAGUUUUUAUUUGCUAGUGUGGGGCACUGGAGUACUGUCUCCGGUUUAUAAUAACCGAAAUGAAAGUGGAAUAAUGUGCAGAGUCAUGAGAACAUAGUAGGAGAGCUUUGUGGUUUUUCAACCUACACUUGUCCAACCCUUUUCAAGAUAUACCCAUGAUUUUGAAAAUGGCAUAGUAACUGGAUUUAAUGUAUAAACACUCUAAAUCUUAGAUAUCAAGAAACUUAAGGAAAACAUGGAUAAAUGGCUGAAUAAAAGCAGGAAGAUUGUAUAUAAAUAAAUAUAAUGAAUAAGUUAACAAAAAGAGAAAGCAAAUAGAAAGUAUGGACCGGAAAAGUAUAAAAACUGACAUGGAAAAUUCCCUAAAAGAGUUCAACAACAGAUUUUAGCAGACAGAAGAACCUGUGGACUUGAAGAUAGGUUGACUGAAAGUAUCCAAUGUGAGGAGCAUAAAAGAAACUAGUAUUAAGAAAAGUGAAAAUAACAGAGGGAUAUAGCUGUCAAGAGACCUGGGUUCCAAGUCUUAGCACUAAAACAAAACAAAAAACCAAUAAUUAAUUUGACAGACUCACCUUACCCCAUGGGCCAUAUCAAGCCUGAAAAAUAUGUAUGUUUUAGUUACUUUUCUAUUGCUGUGACAAAACCCUGUGACCAAGGCAACUUAUAGAAGAAAGUGUUUAUUGGGGCUUACAGUUUCAGAGGGUGAGUCCGUGACUAUCAUGGUAUGGAGCAUGGCAGCAGGCAGACAGGCAUGGCACUGGAGCAGUGGCUGAGAGCUUAUGUCUUUAUCUGUCUUAAGAGGCAAAGAGAGCUAACCUGGAAUGGUGUGGGCUUUGGAAACCUCAAAGUCAACUCCUAGUGACACACAUCCAAUAAGGCCACACCUCCUAAUCCUUCCCAAACAGUUCCUCCAACUGGAGACCAAGUAUUCAAAUAUAUGAGCCUAUGAGGCCAUUCUCAUUCAAACCACCCUAGUGUACAUUAAUAGGAUUCCUAGAAGAAGAGGUGAGAAAGCAGUGUGAAGACUAUGUAAAGAAAAUAUUUAAAGACCCAGCAGUCCCAAACUCUCAAAUUUAUUAACAGAUGUAUAUCUGUAUACCCACCUAACUCAAGGAAGUGCAAAGCAGAGAAACAGAGAGCCACUGACAUAAUAAAACCAUUAAGAGACAAAAGAUUCUGGAGGCCGCCAGAGUAUUUUGUUACAUACAAGAGACCCGCCCUAAGUUUAACAUUUGGUUUCCUAUCAGAAGCCUGGGAAGGCAAAAAGCAAUAUAAUAAGAUUGAAAAUGCUAAAAAGGAGUUGUGUGUGUAGCUCUGGUAGACAACUGUCUAGUCUGCACAAUGCCUUGGGUGCUGUUCCCAGCACUGCACUCGAAAGGAGAGCAGUGGAUUCAAGCAGUGGAAGGGAAGUGCUGUCAGUCAGGACAAACAAACCUUCAGUAAUGCUGGAGAAUUUAAGACACUCUCAGAUAGACCAAAAAAAUAAGGGAGUUCAUCACUAUCCACUGCCUGGAACAUCAGUGUUCUCCACGCUGAAAGGAACAGACAUACAUAAAAGACAGCAACUGACAGAAAGAAAGAGAAAUCCUCAGUGAAGGUAAAUGCAUAGGUUACCUUUAGGUUUUAGGUUAAAUCUUGGGAAUUGAGGAUAAUGUAGAGUUAAUGAUUACAGAGUUUAUCUUUGUGGGGUAAAUAAAUUUAGAGAGAGUGAUAUGGUUAUAGAAUAUUGUGAAUGCAAAAAGCCACUGAAUUGCACACUUAAAAUGGGUGAAAGUAACAAAUUUAUGUUAUACAUAGUUAAUGAUUUUUUAAAUGUUAGCUACCAAAAGCCACUGAACUGUAACUUAAAAUGGAUGAAUAGCAGUAUGUGAGAAUUAUAUGUCAGUAUGCUUAUUGACUAUUGGGAGGAUGGAUUUUGAAAGGACAUGAUGUAACCAUAUGCUUUGUGCAAGGGGCACGCGACAUUCAAAGCCACAAGCAGACUGAAAAUGAAAAAGUAAAAGCAGUUACUCUGUGCAAAUGAUCAAUAAUGAGGUUCGUGACAAUACAAGGCAUGGACCCAGAAAUUGUUAUAUGAAACAAAUAAUGACCUUCUACAUUGAUAAAUGGGACAAUUCAUCAAGAUGUGAAAAUUAUACACAUGCAGUAAAUGGGAAAAAGUUAAAUGAAAGAAGAAUUGAGAUGAUGAAGAAACAUAGAACUCCACAAUAAUAGUAGGAGACCAUUAGAUACAACUAUUCAUUUCAGAAAAUGAAAAAAAAGAAGCAGAGAACUUGAACAAUGCUUAAAAAAAUAUAUUCAACAUACCUGUAGAGCACCACUCAUUAAGUCUGCUGCAUUUUGUGCAUCCCUCAGGAUGAGAGCUAAUUUUGCUCACUAGCUCCCUUUUGUCCUGUUCAGUGAGAAAGAGUGGCUCCUUUAAAGAUCUUUCUUGUGGCAAUUGCCACUGAAGCCUGUCUACAGAGGACUCCUGGGCUGGUGGCAGCCAGUUUCCCUGAUCUCCAGGCUUGUGUGUAACAAGUUCUGGUCAGUCUCCCACUGGGGCAGAGGACAGCAGCCCAGCAGCAGUAGCUGGCCAGUUACUUCCUUUCUGAUCUCAGUCACUAAUCAGAUUCCUGGUAAGACUAGUACUCUUUCAUUUCGGGCUGGAGAGAUGGCUCAGCCUUUAAAGGCUAGGCUCACAACCAAAAUAUAAGAGUAUCCUUUCACUUCUUUCCAUUCCAGACAAACUGUGUGUGUGGGGGGGGUGGCAUUUGCUAGUGGCUAGUACUUAUAGUACCGGUUUCUACAAAGUUCCAAGUAACCACACAGCAUACAGCUGCACAAUGACUAGGCCUGCUCCACAACAUCAGGAUUUCAGUGCCGAGAUACAUACACUAUUCCGUGGGUGAGCUCAUUUAGCGUGGACUGCAACUCAUGGGUCUGUUCCGUAGGAUAUUUAUAAUGGCUCUUUGAGGACACCUAUGAGGGGUGUUUGUUUAGAGCUGCCAGUUCUCAACUGUUCUGUAGAAUUGUGUGGGCUUCCCUCUGGUGAGGUCCUGCCUGAGAUCUGUGGAGGUGUUCUGCCCAACCAGUAACCACUUUGCGCAGGCUACGUGCCUUCUCUGCGCAUGCACGCAGAAUCUCGAGGAGGCUAGAACUCUGCGUGGGAGGAGAGUCGGGGAGGCUCAACGGACUUCUCCGUUCAGCGGUUUCUCAGUCGUCUUCUCUGUGAGUCCUCUGCUACUUUUGCAGCUACCGUCAAGUAUGAUGGCUGAAAAAGGUGACGAGCUUUCUAUAUGCUCAGAAAAUAAAGAGAGGCAUGCUGGAGAAGCUGUGGGUCAUACAUUACCCGAAAUGAAGCACAUUGUUUCCUGGAUGCCAGUGGAGGAAAAAGAAGGAGAACUUCAUCUUAAGGCCACAGUCAUUGCAAAAGAAGAAGGUGCUACUGUCAGCCCAAAGGCCCAGGAGGAGAUGGUGGAAGGUGGUCCCACCACAAGCAAAGGCUCCCCAAAAUGGGUUCUGAGAAAGAAUGCUCCGUUUGACAAAUCCACUUAUUUUAGCAGUGCAGGGCUAAUUCCUGAAGGUGGUGAUGCCACAUUUACAGGAGGAAUCAUUAGCAGAGAGAGCCCUGUAAGUGCUCCGAGAGUUGCAGCACUGACUAUGGGCAAAGUUGUGGCCAAUCAGUACCCAGUAAGCUGUGAGAACCCUAAUGCUGAUGUAAAACAUGAGCUAAUGAAGGAAAUUCGACGAUAUGGACGAAAAUAUGGAAGGAUUUUCAAGCUGCUUGAAGAAGUGCAGGGACCUCUGGAAGCCCGGAAAGAGUUGGUAGAGUUCACCAUCAAGGAAGCGGCAAGAUUUAAAAGACACCACUUAAUACAUUAUCUCAAGGAGAUCCUGGAAAAAUUAAUGUCAGAAAGCUCUCUCAAGAACGAUGAUCUACACCCAAGUGUGUGAUCCUGUUAUUACUGUGGUCAGCAAGAUACAACAAAUACUUUAAUGUGUUCCAGAAUGUAGUAGGAGGAUGCUGAAGUCUAGCAUGUGUUAGUUAAGAUAACUAUGUUUAAGAAAAGUAUUCUAAAUUACGCUUAGUAAAAAAAUAAAUGGGCUUUUGUCCCUUGUGUUUUGUUUGAAAGCA